AAACGAACGAACACAAACGAACUUCCCGCCGAACGGUUCACGAACUGUUCACCGAACGUUUGGUUCAUUUGCAGCCCUAGUUUUAUAGUCACUAAUCCGUAUGUCAACAAAUACUAUAAUAGUCAGGGAUGAGUUUGGUACCGGUAUCGAAAUUCGCCAAAUAUGAGUACCGGUACUGAAAAUGUUCGGUAUGCUACGGUAUGACACCGAUAUUUAAAGGCCAUCCCUAAUAAUUGUCGAUUCAGUACCAAAAAUAAUUCGGUACGAGAAAUUCAAUAUCAACCAAAUGCUCAUCCCUAAUAAUUGCCGAUUUCUUUCUGAUAAAUUUGCAUUUUCUUGUUGAAACUACACAAGAAAUAAAAAAGUUGAAAAAAAAAACUGGCCUGAAUCUAACGGGUCAGAGGAUCAUAUUAUCCCACCAACACCCGCCUUUCAAAUACAAUCCAACCAAUCACCAAUGAAAAUCUCUUAAAACCGGUUACCAGAUAAACGGCCGGUUAGCCGGGAAAUGAGAACCACCACCACUAUCACCAUAACCGCCUCCUCUGUCUCCACUCCUCCGCCACUCCCCAAACACACUCGCACUACUAAACCUAAACAACCGCCCAAACAACCAAAACCACCACCACCACCGCUACCAUCACCAUCACCGUCACCGUCUUCCUCCACCAAAUCUCACCGUCCUCCUCUCUUCUCCACUUUCAAAUGGAAGAGCCACACUCAGAUCAACUACUACGCAGAAUUAGCCUCCAAGCUUGCCGAAGAUGCAAGGUUCGACGAUUUUUUCAUGAUUGUAGAAACGGUUACCACUGGCGGUGCUAGUUCGGUUGAAUUUUCGGCGUUGUUGAAUGCUGAGCUUCUUUCCAAGGGGAUUUUGUGUGUAAUUGAGAGUGAUGAGAGGUUUCAGAGGCUGAACAGAGUUUUGACCGGUUUUCAGAAGCUAGGGAUUGGUAGUGUAGUGGACGUGUUGCUGUCUGAUCAAUCGGUUGUAGACACGAUCGGUCGAGAAUGUCGUCGGGGUUUAAAUCACGGUGGUGUGGAUGAUGUUGUUGAUUUGCUGGAAACACUGUCUGGAUUUGGUUUAACCAUUGAAGAUGUGGUGCAACCGAUUGAGGUUAUUAGAAACUGUGUGACCAAAAGGAAUACGCAAGCAGUUAUAAGGUAUGCAGGUUUUUGUACCCGCGCUGAUGAAGUGUUCUGUAGUGGAAUACUUGAAUUUGGAAAGAGGGGUGAUAUGGCAUCUGCGCUGACUGUUUUUGAAGAAUCCAAGCAGAAAUUGGGAUGUGUGAAUAUGUAUGCUUACCGAACAAUCAUAGAUGUUUGUGGUCUUUGUCAUGACCAUUUGCAAUCUAGAACCAUUUAUGAGGAAUUAAAUGCUCAAAAUAUCAACCCGAAUCUGUAUGUGUUCAACAGUCUUAUGAAUGUAAAUGCCCGUGACUUGAGCUACACAAUGAAUAUUUACAAGCAUAUGCAAAGUCUAGGUAUUGCUCCAGAUAUCGCAUCAUAUAAUAUCCUUCUGAAAUCAUGCUCACUUGCUGCUAGACGUGAUUUAGCCCAGGAGAUUUAUACGGAGGUAGAGCAUUUGGAAUCAAUAGGAUCAUUAAAGUUAGAUGUCUUCACAUACAGCACAAUGAUUAAGGUAUUUACAGAUGAAAGAAUGUGGCAAAUGGCACUGGGAAUAAAAGACAAAAUGAUUGAAGCCGGUGUGACUCCGAAUAUAGUUACGUGGUCGUCGCUAAUCAGUGCAUGUGCCAAAUCUGGUUUAGUAGAUCAAGCGUUCGUAUUAUUUGAAGAAAUGCUUUUAGCCAGUUGCAUGCCAAAUUCACAGUGUUGCAAUGUCCUCCUUCAUGCAUGUGUUAAGGCUUUACAGUAUGAUAGAGCCUUUCGUUUGUUUCAGAAUUGGAAAAACAAUUCAUUUCAGAUGACUGAUAGAAGUUUGACACUUGGCGGUUCGCAAACGGCUAUUAAUGUUCCUUUUAAACCUACCGUUUCAACGUAUAAUGUGUUGAUGAAAGCUUGUGGCACUGAUCACUUUCUUGCAAAAGCCUUAAUGGAUGAGAUGGAGACAGUUGGACUUAGCCCUAAUCAUAUAAGCUGGUCAACUCUGAUUGGUGUUUAUGGCGGUUCUGGUGACGUUAAGCGUGCUGUACAGGUUUUGAAAACCAUGCGUGAGUCUGGUGUGCCGCCUGAUGUUAUUGCAUAUACAGCUGCUAUUAAGGUUUGUGUAAAACAAAGGGAGUUGAACUUGGCAUUUUCGUUAUUUGCAGAGAUGAAGAGAUAUCAAAUACAACCAAAUAUGGUGACGUAUAACACGCUUCUCAGGGCCCGUACCAGAUACGGUUCCCUAAUAGAAGUUCAACAAUGUCUUUCUAUCUAUCAAGACAUGCGUAAAUCAGGGUUCAAACCCAAUGAUUACUAUCUCAAGGAACUAAUAGAGGAAUGGUGUGAAGGGAUAAUACAAGAUAACCAUCGAUCACAAGGCCAGCUUAAACAUACCAACAAAAGGGAUUUAGGUGGACCCCACAGUUUACUUCUUGAGAAAGUCGCAUCACAUUUGCAGAAGGGUACCCAAUCUAUAGCUGUCGAUCUUCGAGGCCUCACAAAGGUUGAAGCGCGAAUUGUCGUCCUAGCUGUUUUGAGAAUGAUAAAAGAGAAUUACCAUCCUGGAGAAUUUAUGAGAGAUGACAUGUUCAUAAUCUUGGGAGUCCAGGAAGUUGGUACAGCUGUAGAUAAAAACGAAUUUGAUGUAAAAGAUGCUAUAGUUAAACUUUUAAAAGAUAAUCUCGGGCUCGAGGUUCUCUCAUUAGGACCUAAAAUGCCGACGGAGAUAAGAAUCAACGUGGAGAAUCCCUUCAAUUCACAGCCUGACUUACAUGAAACCCUAGAAGGAACCAAGUUGUCAAAAUCAUCCAACAGAAGACCGGCAGUUUUGCAUAGGUUGAAGGUGACGAGAAGGUCCUUGUACCAUUGGUUACAGAAAAAAGUGGAAUGACAUUCAUACCCACAAUUGUAUUCUGUAGAUAUCAAUAUUGGAAUAAUGUACUUGUAUGUUGUGACACUAAGCUCUUAUCUUCAUAUUAAUUGAAUAUAAAUAAAAGUCACUUGUAUUUUGUAAUAACCUUUGAUGAAGUUUAUACACACAGAGUAGCAGAGUA